UCUCUGUUAAGGAAGGAAGAGGCUUUCCCACAUAAAUAUCAGGGUACAGGAGAAACUCUUAAGGCUUGAAGUCUCACUUGUGAGAAAUAGAGAAACCAUUAUGAAGAGCUGCCACAUUGCCUUGCUCUGGGGGAUCAUCUUCCUGACUCUGACUGGAGUUCAAGCAUUCUUGAUCUCCAAAACAGGACGCUGUUCCUGCAUCAAGGUCAUGAAAGGCAAGAUCCUGGGAAAAAACAUUCAAAAGCUUGUGUGGUUACCUCCAAGUCCUUUUUGUUCACACGAUGAAUUCAUUGCAACAAUGAAAAAUGGGGAGAAAAUAUGUCUGGACCCAGAUUCUCCACGCAUAAAGUUUUUGGAAAAAAGCUUGGAGAAAAUGAUUGACAAAAAGAAGAAAUCAAAAACAGGAAAUAAAAGACAAGUCAAAAAGAGUAAAAAGUUUAAAAAAGCUUAUCUUCCUCCCCCAGGGAAGACUACAUAAGAAGCCACUUCACCAAAAAAAGCCUUUCAUGUUCAAACAUUUUUAAAAGGCGAAAAGUUAAGAAAAAUUCUGUAUUAAAAAUGUAUCUAAAAGUUUAACCAAUAUCAUGACUACAAAUAUUAACCAUGAUGAUGAAAUAUUAAUGAAUAAUUUUUAAAUGUUCAAUUGUAUCUUAUUUUCCAAAUACAUGUAGGUAAGUUUUCAGCAUUUGUUUUUGUAAGACUUUGUAUUCCAAAUUUUUCUCCCUCUCUCUGUUACCUCCCCUCUCCCCAAGACAGUAAGUAAUCUGAUAUAGGUUAAAUAUGUGCAAUUGAAUACUGUUUUUGAAAUUUCAAUCACUUCUCAGACUGGUGGCUGCAAUAUAUAAUGAUGAAGAAGAUAGGAAUCUUUCCUUUUCCUUCCUUUCCUUAAAGAGGUAAAAAAUAUCUCUUUAAGGUGAAGAAAGAUCACAGCGAAGAGAAUCAAAACACAUGCACAUGCCCUCACAUACCUUUAACAUCCACAAAGAUUGUCCCAUAUGCACAAGAAGUUACUGUUGAUGCAGUCCUUGGCUAUCACCUGCUUUCCUUCCUAAACACUUUAUUUUGUGCAUCAUUCAGACCCAUUCUUUUCUUUUCCCUUCCUCCCACGAGGAGUUGCAAAACUGUGUGCUAUUGAGUUGCUUUUGCCUUUAUCAGACUAAUUUUAAAAAUCUGUAUGUCUCAAAAAAAUUUACAAGGGUUGAAUGUAACCCUCCUUUUGACUUGGUAUUAUUUAGGGACUCAGGAACCUGCCAUGGCAUUGACCUUGAACUAAAGACUAAGAGGCUUGUGGGGGGAAAGCAGGAGGAUAGGGAGGUGACUAAGAGAGAUGCUGCACUGGAUUAAAGGAUGUGACAUCAGGGGAAAAUGGGUUCCCAAACUGUUUUCUGAGUUUAAGGAGAUAUUGAAGACUUAUAUAUUGCUGUCCCAGAGCAAACUUGAGAAAUGAUGAAACUAUUCUUCUUUUCUACUUCUUUUCCAAUCCAGGGAAAAAUGAGUUUCCCUGGAGCCUGUUAACACCCUCAUUUUCUAUAUCCCAUGGUUUCACUAUAAUUGUUUGGAAAAGACACCUGGAAAUGUACAGAUAUAGUUAUUUUUCUAAAUGUUCAUUCCCACUUCUAAAUUUUUAAUAUUAUAAGAAAACAUAUUGGUCCCAUUAAGCCUUGUGCUAUUUUUAAAAAUUUUACUUGUGUAUAGAUGAGGGAAAUGGAAAACUCCUCUUUUUAGACUAUCCCUUAUAACCCCUAUAGAAACAUCAGGGAGAAAAUAUAGUCAAAUAUUCUCAUAUCUGUUUUCUAUGCUUGUGAAAGAAAUCAUUGGCUCAAAAAAUUCAUGAGCUAGGAGUGAAUAGUCAUUUUAUACUGAAAGGCUUGGGCUGAAUCUCAUUUUGACAUGCUUCCCCUAGCAUUUCAAAAUCCGAAUACAAUACAAUAAAUAUUUAUUAAAUGCCUGAUAUGUGCUAGACACAGUGCUAAGUGCAGGGGACACAAAAAGAAAGAAAAAGAAAGAAAGAAAGAAAGAAAAAGAAAGAAAGAAAGAAAGAAAGAAAGAAAGAAAGAAAGAAAGAAAGAAAGAAAAAGAAACUUACAAUCUAAAUAAACUCACCCCUGAAAAAGAGAAGUGGGGAUGGUUGCAGGGGAGUGAUGACAGAACUACUAGGGUGGACAAAGCGAUAUCCUACAAUUCAGGGACAACGACAGGAGCCUGAACAUACUCACAGACUCCCCCAAGUGGUUAGACUUAAGUUAACUUCUUCAAAGUCCCUAAAAGGAACCUAUUUUGCAAAACCUUCAGGUCUUAGAAAUGAGAGUUAAUAGUACCACCAGAAACAAA